AUGUCGGUCGAUAAUAAUUGGGAACCACCAGCGCCAAUGAUCAGUCAACCAUUCUCGUCAUCGUUUCAGGCAAGCAACAAUGCGUUUGUGCCAACUAUUGAGUCUAUACGAGCACAAAGUAUAGCACCUCCACUUCCACCGCGAACACUUUCAUACCCAUCCCGAUCUGUCACUUCUUAUCCUUCGAUAAAUUAUCCUAACAAUUCGCAUGGUCAGCCGCCAAUAAUAUACAAUAACCACUAUCAGUCUUCUUCGAGUUUGUCUACGAGUAAUUUCACACAGAUGGCAAUCGAUGAAUCACGUUCGGCAUUUAGCUCGAUCGAGUCAGUCAUUCAAACAUUUCGUUCCAUUUCCCAUGUGUUAGAAUCGACAUUCACAAAUGUGUACACAUCAUUUCGUGCGAUGAUUGAUCUAUUUGAUCAUUUUACAAGACUCCGAUCUGAAUUAACUGCAUUCUCUUCACUAGUUCCAUUCUAUCGAUUUAUUAGAUCUCUUUACCAUCGUCUAUUAACAGUUCUACGUUUACGAAAGAUAGAUCAGUUGGAUGAUUCAUGGACGACAGUUUAUACGAAUUUGCAGCAGUCGGCCGAAUCAAUGAAAGUAACAAAUGGACAGUCAUCUGGUUUACUCGUUGCUCUAUUCUUCCUUGUUACAUUCGGUACGCCGAUAUUAAUGGUGAAAGUUCUCAAUUCCAUCAUAGCGAAACGGCAAGUAACUAAUAGCCGACUGCAACGCGAGACAAAAUCAGAGCGUGUCCUUGCACUCUAUGAUUACGUAGCGCGAAAUCCUGAUGAAUUAUCAUUUACGCGUGGUAUGACGAUCUAUUUGGCACCUCCUGCUUUUCAAUCACCGAGAUCCUACUGGCUCUUGGCUACUAUUGAUCAUGUUCAUAUGGGAUUCAUACCUUCAAAUUAUGUUCAACCGAUAGAUAUUUCGUCGGAUAUUAAUCUUCAUCCACAAAGAUUGUUUGAUGUCCAUAAAGAGACUUCUUCUCCUGACAAAGAUGUUUCUCAGUCAAUGACAAGACUUGGAGAAGGGUCAACUGCAGUCUCUUGA